CCCGGGGCGGGACGGGGCGGGGAGAGGCGGGGAGAGCAGAGUCGAGCCAUGGCAUUCGCGAGGUGGUGGUACGCCACGCAUGGUGACAAGAAGGCAAGCGGAACUUCUUCUGAAUCGGACAAGAAAAAAGCAGAUGCAGGAGAGCAGAAAUCAGCAAGUGCUCAUGUCAGCCAAGCCUCUAAAUCACAGAAAAGUGAAGGCCCUUCUGCUGCUAAGGAGCAGCCCGCAUCUAUGGAUGCAUCAAAACAACCAAUUAUGAAGCCAUCUGAAACCAAGCCCACACCAACUACCAAAACUGAAUCUGGAAAAAACAUGCCGUCAACCAAGCCAGCAGACUCUCAAAAUAAACAGCAGUCAGAAGAGAAGCAAAAAGAACCCAGUGAGGCAAAAAGCCAAACCUCACUUUCUGUGACAACAACUGCUAAACCAAAUAACACAGAAAAAACAACUGCAACUCAAGGUGACCAGCCUCCACAAGUACCUUCCAUAGAGACAGCAAAGCCUAAGCCUGAGAAGACAGAGAAGGUGUCCAUAGCAGCUGGUGGGACUGUGGCAGGCGCAGCGGGGACAAGCGCAGUUGCUGUAGCUGAUGAGUCAAGUGCCGAGCUCGGUAUGGACGAGUCGGCACUAGAUAGCCUAAUAGAUACCCUAGGUGGAUCUGAAGAAGAUGUGCCUCCCAGUCCUGUUUACACUGGCCCAGAAGUUACGGAAGAUAUAACCUCAAGAUACUUGGAAGAAAUGGGUAAACGCGAAGGUAGUCUUCCUCCAAAGUAUGUUGAAUUGUUGAAGAGCAAAGGGCAUGGCAAGGAUGAAGUCCUACCGAAAGAAGAGCGACGAGAUGAAAAACCCAUGACAGACGAUGAGCUGGCAGAGUACCUGUCAUCUGACUUCACCUGUAGCACUGCUUCUGCUGAAGAGAAGGAGACAAGUCUAGCAGAGAAACCAGGUAAAGAAGGAGAAAUUGUUCAGACGCAAGCACCAAGUUCAGUCAAGGCCUCACUUCCUCCUAAAGAGAAGACAACAAAACCAGAAGAGGAAAUUAAUGACGAUGCAAUGGAUGCUCUUCUUGACACUCUUGGUGGACCUGAACCUGAACCUGAAGAAGACCGUGGCCCUGUUGUAGAGGUGUCAGAGGCAAAAGCUAAAGAGAAAAAAGAAGUAAAGGCCGGAGAACAUGAGGAUACGAUACCUCCAGAGUACAGGUUAAAAUCAGAGCUGGAUAAGGAUGGAAAACCAAUAUUGCCGAAGCCUGAAGAAAAGCCUAAGCCUUUGAGUGAAUCGGAUCUCAUUGAUGAAUUUUCAAAAGACUUUGCCUGCCCUGUACAGCCUGUGGUGGAAUCCAAACCGCUGAAGCCCAGCAGCACAUCCAAAAAGCCUCCAGCUCCUGUGCCUGCAAAAACUACUAAGGAUGAGGUCGUCCCUCGUGCAACAGCUUGCACUGUGCAGUCUUCAGCUCCAUCAGCAGUGUCUCCAGUCAGUCAUGUGGCAGACGAAGCACUGGAAGCCCUGUCCAGUAGCCUAGGGCAGAGGGAGCCUGAUCCAGAUGAAAAUAAACCUGCUGUGGACAAAGUUAAGGAGAAAACCAGACAGGAAGAAUACAAAAAACUGGGUGAAGAUGAAGAAACUAUUCCUCCUGAGUACAGACUGAGAGAAGCCAAAGAUAAAGAUGGAAAACUACUCCUACCAAAACCAGAAGAAAAGCCCCAGUCCAUGACUGAAAAUGAUCUUUUAGAGGGUUUGACAGAAGGAUUUUCCUGUUCUCCAUCACCUUCUGCACCAUCACCUGCACCAACUGUAAUUAAGAAAGCCAAGAAGUAUGCAAAGACUCCAGAUUGCUCUGAUGUUAUCUCUGCUGCAACCAUUUCUUCAGUGCACUCAGCAGCUCCUUCAGCUUCUUCCUCAGGAGGAAAAGAGAUGGAUGAUGCCUUGGAUCUCCUGUCUGAUUCCCUGGGGCAGAGGGAGCCCAACCCUGAGGAGAACAAACCAGUUGUGGAUAAAGUGAAGGAAAAGGCUAAAUCUGAACACAGAGACAAGCUUGGAGAAAGAGAUGAUACUAUCCCUCCUGAGUAUCAAAAACUUCUGGAGUCUGGUGGUCAGGAUAAACCAGGAGAGAGAACUGCAAAGGAUGAUGCCAAGCACAAAGAACCAAAGAAGCCCACAGAUGACUCAGCAGCUAUUGAUGCCCUAUCAGGUGACUUUGAUACUUGUGCGAAGUCUCCUGCCACGCCAAAGCACUCAAAGUGUAGGACAAAAGUGGAAAGCAAACCGUCACCACGAAGCCGACCCAGAAGGAUAAAGGAAAACCUGGAGACCCUAAAAAGGCUAAGGGACAGUCCUCCGGCAGCAAACCUGAGAAGCAGAAAACAAGCUAAACAUUGACACCAUCAGGACCCUGGCACCUCAUUUAAAUGUCUUCUUUCUGCUGGUGGAUCAUUGCUCCUGAAGAACAAAAGCUGAUGCUAAAAGCCUGUGGUUAUUCUGGGUGGUUUCUGUACAGUGACACUCACUGGACAUCUUCCGUGUUUCCUUUUUUCCCCUAGCAGACUAAGGUGGUUUUGGUUUUUUUCCCCUAGCUCUUCCUUUUAUUAUACUCAUGUAUUUCGACUUUUUUUUUGUAAUUUUCUUCAGUUUUCAGAGGGAAAGUGUGCUUUAUAUUCGCAAGAAAUGUAUUUCCUAAAUGAAUAGCAAUGCCAAAGAGAAAUUCCGCAGACUUUUGCACAUAAUCUCCACAUAGUGCCUGUAAAUCUCAGAAGAUUUCGUAUGCGCUUGCAUUUUAAAUGUUGCAGCAAAUGCAUUAAAGUGUUCUGGAAUAUC